UGAUAUUUUUAUCAACUUCACGAAUAACAUUAAAGUUAAUUUGAUUCUAUCAGAUAGUAUAAUGACAAGUUACAUUUUGUAGCGAUAAAUACUACAUCUCCUGUGUACUUUAUAAUGCAUUCAAUGUUUAAAAUCAUAAUUAUCAACUAUCAGCGAGUAAUAAUUUCUAGGUGUGUAAAUAUUUAAGUCUAUAAACAGCACAGCAGCAACAAUUCAUCAACAAUAAAAUCAACAGCAACAUUAACAGUGUUGCUAACAGCCGUUAAGCUUCAAAUAUGCGCUCCAAUUCAGGUGUGUGUCACUUAGUCAUCGCUUGGUUCCAUACACAGCAGUAGCACCAGACGGAGAUGUGGACAUGCUUGAACACCUUUGAUUACAUUGCUAUGUGAAGAUGAAUGCAUAUCUGUGCCAUUUAUUGCAAAUACGUGUAAAUGUGCCGGUAUGCACCACUCACAUGUGAACAUAUGUCGCCAAAAUUGCUGCUACUUCACUUGCAGCAACUGCUGCAGCAGUGCUUUCGGUGCUGCUGUUGAAAAAACCAUUAAGUGACAAUUGUCUGUGAAAUUGCAGUUGCAUGCAGUUAGGAAUUUGGCUUGUUGUGUUGUCAGUUACUAGUUUAACUUGGUUACUUGCGGUUCUACUCUGUUGCAAUAUCACCGAUUUUAUUUGAUUUCAUAGUUGAUAAAUUUCAUUUGUGCUCAAAAGUGUUGUCAAUAAUGACUUGCUGUUAAUAUUCAUGUACUAUAGAUGGACAGAAAAUCAAAGGAUUUUAAGGACUUACCAUAAAAUUUGGCUUACAAAUCAAUGCAAGCGAAUAGUGAAUAUCGGUAUGAUACGAGAAAUUAAAUGGAUUUUUCUGUGUAAAAGUUAAAUGUCAGCAUUUCCGUUUAAAAACAAACACCAGACGAAUUGUACUCAGAAAUCGAAACACAAAACGGAAAUCAAUUACAAUAAAAUAGCAUAUUAAGUAAAGCAAGGAAACCAAACAAAAAAGCGCAAAGAAUUAUGUCCUUAGGGAAUAUGAACUAUCAGCAACAAUUUCAACAGCAGCCAUAUCAGGAGCAUCCGGAGUUGGCAGCAGUUUCCGGAAAUAAUUAUGCGUAUGCAAGUGCAAUUUCCGUUUGUUUAAUGGAUUUGCUGUACGGCAAACUCGGUUGUUUUCUUUACAGUUUUGGUCAGGAACGAGCGCAAACUUAUCAUCCAGCAGCGAAUCCCUACCAUACAUUGGCUGGUGCUGGCACAAACCUUAACAGCGCAUACACAAGCAGCGGUCAUUCUGGAUAUGGCAGUGAACCAACUGGUGGCUCUGAUUAUCAUCAUUCGCAUCCGCCAACAUCAACGGGACAUAGUGGACCGCAUGUUUCGAGCGGUGGUGGUUAUGCAUAUCAUGCUACCGGUGGUGGUAGCAACUAUGGCCCACCACCAAUACAUCCCACACUACCAACAAUCAAACAGAACGAUAAAAAGAAGCAAACUAAUGCAUCCACCAUGAAUGCGUUGACUUUGCUCUCUUUCUUCUUCUUUGUGAAUUUAUUACAAAGCUGCUUAAAGGAGCAAAUGGAAGCUAUGAAUCCAACUGUUAUGGUGAUGACGGCUGGCGUAUCACGCAAUCGCUUCAAUAAGUUAGCGGAAAUGAAUUCACGCGAACAGAGCAGUUCACCUGCUGCGACAUUCUCUUCAGGUGGAAAAAUUGUAGUACAACCAGAAGACCUAAUAUCAGCUGCUGGCGGUUCAUCAGCUUUAGUUAGCAAUGCAGGUUUGGUAUCACCUACGGUUAAAUUACAAAGUCCAUAUGAAAGUCAUGAAAGCAGUAGCCAAAGCCAAAGCCAAAGCAAUUCACAUACCACUAGCUCCAUUUCAAGCAGUAGUGGUGGUAGUAACAGCAAUGGUGGCAAUAGUAACACUGAUGCACAUAGAAAGCCUACUGUUAAUAAUUUUAAUAAUAACGAACCUCCAAGUUUUUUCGAUGUACCACAAAGGCCACGUCCAGAAUUUUAUGAUCCAAUGCAGUCAUAUCCAAAUCGUACGCUAGGCAUAAGCGCAUAUAACAACGACAACAACAAUCGUAACAAUUACUAUCAACAAUAUCAACAACAACACCAGCACCAACAACAACAUUAUCAACGGUAUAAGCAACAACAAACGAGUGCUGCCGAUAAUUAUGCUCCAUGGUCUUAUGGUGCUGCAUCUUCAUCUUCCAUUGAUUACCCUGCCACAUCGAAUAGGCAUGGCAACAGAUUUUCUUCUUCAGGCUAUCCCUCUGGCAAUUCACCUUGGUCAUCUGGUGCAUCGCCUGACCAUGUUAGCGGAAGUAAUUACUUCGAUGAUGAAUACGACCGUCGUUACGGCGAUGCCCACUACACACGUUUCGCUCGUAAUUGA